AUGCACCGUGUCAGCCCCGUGCACCGCGUCAGCCCCAUUCAUCACAUCAGCCCCAUGCGCCGCAUCAGCCCCAUGCCCCGCAUCAGCUCCAUGUGCCACAUCAGCCCCACGCACCGCUGCGUCAGCCCCAUGCACUACGUCAGCUCCGUGCACCACGUCAGCCCCAUUCAUCACAUCAGCCCCAUGCGCCGCAUCAGCCCCAUGCACCGCAUCAGCUCCAUGUGCCACAUCAGCCCCAUGCGCCGCGUCAGCCUCAUGCACUACAUCAGCUCUAUGCACCACAUCAGCCCCAUUCAUCACGUCAGCCCCGUGCACCCCGUCAGCCCCAUGCACCGCAUCAGCUCCAUGUGCCACAUCAGCCCCAUGCACCGCAUCGGCUCCGUGCACCGCAUCAGCCCUGUGCAUCGCCUCAGCCCCAUGCACCGCAUCAGCGCCAUGUACCACAUCAGCGCCAUGUGCCACGUCAGCCCAAUGCACCACAUCAGCCCCGUGUACCACAUCAGCCCCAUCCACUGCAUCAGCCCUAUGCACUGCAUCAGCUCGGUGCAUCGCGUCGGCCCCAUGCACCACCUGAACCCUUCUCCCACCGAUGGGACGAGCCCCGAUGCACAAUCCGGGAACUGCAAAAACUUGCAGAAGGAGAAGCUGCCCGAAAACCUGCUGUCGGACCUGAGCCUGCAGAGCCUGACGGCGCUUACCUCCCAGGUGGAGAACAUCUCCAACACCGUCCAGCAGCUGCUGCUCUCCAAAGCAGCCGUGCCCCAGAAAAAAGGCAUCAAGAACCCGGCGAGGACCCCCGAGCAGCUCAAGGGGCAGCACUGCAGCCCUGAGAGUAGCACCUACUCGGCAGAGCAGGUGGGGACCCCCCUGUCCGACCCACUCAGCACCCCCCAGUCCGUCCAUGCCGAGACGCAGGAUGCCGACUAUCUCAGCGGGUCAGAGGACCAGCUGGAGAGGAGUUUCCUGUACUGCAACCAGAACCGCAGCCCUGCCCGCGUCAACAGCAACUCCAAGGCGAAGCCCGAGUCAGUGUCCACCUGCUCCGUGACCUCCCCAGAUGACAUGUCCACCAAAUCGGACGACUCCUUCCAGAGCAUCCACGCCAGCCUGCCCCUGGAGAGCUUCACCAAGUAUGUGACCAACGAACGGGACUGUCCCCGGCUGCUCCUCAGCGCUCUGUCCCAGGAGGAGCUGGCUUCCGAGAUCAUUGUCCUGCAGGACGCCAUCAACGAGAAGGCAGACAAAGCCUGGGCCAACUCACCCAUGCUGAGCAAGGAGGCCACCAAGUCACCCUUCCAGCUGGAGAACCACCGGCCCUGCCUGGACUCUAUGGUGAAGGGCACCUGGCCCAGCCAGGGUGACUCCAGCACGCUCACUGAGCCCCUCAAGAUGGACAAGGCUUCAGGGGCCAGCACAGGGAAGGACUUUGGUGAGGAGGUGUAUGAGGGUCCCCAGGUGGAGUUUGCGGCUGCUGAAAAUAAGGACGCACUGAAGGAUGCUGCCCCGCUGACCUUCAACUCCAAGCCCAGCAUCCCAGUGGCGACAUCGAGCGCGGGGGCCGCCAGCUACAGCUGCUACUCGAACACGACCACCAACUCAGUGGGGUCUGAGAAUGCCAUGGAGCACUUCGAGUGGCCGGAGGAGAGCCUGGGUGAGGCGUGCCUGCGGUGGAAGGAUCUGCAAGCCACCGACCUCCCCAAAAGCUUGUUCCCCAACAAAUUGGUGGGCUCCUGCAAGGAGAAAAAAAAUGCCUGUGGCUUGGAUCUCUGUGAUGGCGAGCAGCCGGCCAAGAGCGAGCCGGCCCGGGACUUUGGCCAGCAGGCAAUGGAGGAGGAGGAGGAGGAGACGCUAACCUACGAUGAAGCGGCAAAGGCGGACAGCGAGAGGUGGCUGCAGGACACUCGGCACUGCUGCUCAACGGGGGACUUCAGUGAGAUCCCCAUCAUCUCCUCACCGGAGCUGAAGGAGUCGGACCUGGAGGCGGAGGAGUACUCCUCGCUCUGCGAGCUGGCCGGCUCAGAGCAGAAGUCGGUGACAUAUGACGCCUCGCCACCCAAGCCCCCAGAGAUGCCUGCUGUGCUGUCCUCCAGUGAGGUGCCCGUGUCUGCUGAGGAGACCAUCAGCACGGUGGAAAAGGAGAGCUCGGCUCCAGCUGCGCGCCUCUCCGGCCAGUCGGUCAUCCUGCUGGGCCCUGCUGUGGGCACAGAGACCAAGGUGAAGAGCUGGUUCAAGUCCUCCCUGCCCCACAUCCAGCCUGAGGAGGAAAGUGGUGGAGGGGAGACAUCCCAUGCAGAGGUGGCUGAUGCCGAAUCUGCCCCAUCGGUCACGAUGAAUCAGCAACUCACCCCUGAAAACACGCUGGGGAAGACAGAGCCCAUCUCACGGGGCAAGACCCUCCGCAACAAGAGGGUCCACUGCCGGCUGCCGGAGGGGGACGGCCCUGGCAGCACCAUGCCAAGCCCCUUCGAUGACCUGCCGGCAGCCGCUGACGUCAGGCUGAAGAACUGCAAAGCGCCAAAGAAGCUCAUCUCCAACAAUCACCUCCCGCCCGCCUUCAAGCUGGCGGCCCCCGGCAGCACCCACAAGGAGGGCAAGGUGGGUGCUCGGAUGAAGCUGCCCAAAGCGGGGCCAGGCAUGGGUGGCAAGAUGUCCGAGCGGCCUCUGCACUCGCUGAAGAGGAAGUCCACGUUCAUGUCCCCCAUCCCCGCCAAGAAGAGGAACCUGGUCCUGCGGAGCAACAGUGGUGGCGUGAAGGAGGAGAAGGCAGAGGCCCCUCCCAGCCCCUUCAAGAAGAUGCCCGUGGCCAAGAAGGUGAAAGCCAAGCUGCCCCCCAAGAGCUCUGGCGAAGCCAUCCCAAAGACCCCCCUGCCGAAGGAGUCAAAACCAAGAGAGCGCCGCAGCCGGCCGGCCCCCAAGGUGGUCCAAAACGCCAGCGAUGCCACCCUCCCGGUGCCCAGCUUGGUGGCAGCGGAGGAGGUGGUGGGGCCGACACCGCCGGAGGGGGAUGCGGUGGAGGUGGGGGAGAGGGACCAGCGGUCAAUGAUCCUGCGCUCCCGGACAAAGACACAGGAGGUUUUCUACACCAAGAGGCGGCGGGGCAAGCGGGCAGCUGACGUCAGGCUGAAGAACUGCAAGGCGCCCAAGAAGCUCAUCUCCAACAACCACCUCCCGCCCGCCUUCAAGCUGGCGGCCCCGGGCAGCCCCCACAAGGAGGGCAAGGUGGGUGCUCGGAUGAAGCUGCCCAAAGCGGGGCCAGGCAUGGGUGGCAAGAUGUCCGAGCGGCCUCUGCACUCGCUGAAGAGGAAGUCCACGUUCAUGUCCCCCAUCCCCGCCAAGAAGAGGAACCUGGUCCUGCGGAGCAACAGUGGUGGCGUGAAGGAGAAGCAGCCAGAGGCCCCUCCCAGCCUCUUCAAGAAGAUGCCCGUGGCCAAGAAGGUGAAAGCCAAGCUGCCCCCCAAGAGCUCUGGCGAAGCCAUCCCAAAGCCCCCCCUGCCGAAGGAGGCCCCCGAUGUCUGCAUCAAGAUCACCUCCCGGGCAGCCUUCCAGGAGGCCACCAAGACCAAAGUGCUUCCUCCCCGCAAAGGCCGCGGCCUCAAGCUGGAGGCCAUCGUCCAGAAGAUCACCUCACCCAACCUGAAGAAAUUUGCCUGCAAACCAGCGGCCACAGCAGUGGCGGCCACGGUGGCUGCCUACGGCACCUCCCUGAGCCCGGUGGGGGCGGAGAGGGAGCGGGCGGUCACGCACAGCGGGGUGGCCCCAAUGAUGGGCGACGUGCGGCUGCCCCAGCUGCGGUCCAGCAGCUGGUGGGUGCGCGUGGGGCUGGCGCGGGCCAUGAGCCUGGCGGUGGCUUCGUGCAGGAACACCUGGAGAUAG